AUGGCCAACGAGCAGCAGGUUCACGAACACAUGCCUCGAAAGGACAAGCACAAGGAACAAUUUCCUAUGACAAACUGGAUAUACGAUGUAUUCCUGUGGACUUUUUCAAUACUCGUCGACCUCUUCUUUCGAGAAGUCCACCCAAGAGGAGCAUGGAAAGUUCCAAGGCGCGGGCCUGUUAUCUUCGUAGCAGCCCCUCAUGCAAAUCAGUUCGUUGACCCUCUUAUUCUAAUGCGCACCCUCCGAAAUGAAUGUCAUCGUCGCGCCGCUUUUCUUAUCGCCGCCAAAUCUAUGGGUCGAUUCAUCGUGGGCUGGUUUGCACGAAAAGUGGGCGCGGUUCCCGUUGGACGAGCUCUGGAUAUGGUAAAGCCUGGAUCUGGUACAAUAUAUCUACCAGACCCUAUCAAUGAUCCGCUCCUCAUUCGUGGAGUUGGUACAAAAUUCGACGGCAAGGAAGUACAAGUUGGAGGAUUACUGGUUCUGCCUACAAUGGACGGGACCGCAGCCAAUACCGAAAUAGCGGAAGUAAUUAGCGCAGAGGAAAUGAGAUUGAAGAAACCUUUCAAAGGUCGAAAUGCUAUGAUACAGCUCACUGGACGAACUGAUGUUGACGAAAAUGGCAAGUUUGGUGACCAGUCUGUCAAGGGUACCAAAGAAGGUUUUGAAGGAUCAAAAUAUAAGACUGCCCCGAAAGUUGAUCAAACCCAGGUUUAUGAUGCCGUCUUUGAUCGUCUCAAGGGUGGUGGAGCUGUUGGCAUUUUCCCAGAAGGUGGAAGUCACGACAGGACCGAAUUGCUUCCCUUGAAAGCUGGUGUGGCUAUUAUGGCUCUUGGAUCUUUGGCUGCAAAUCCCGAUAGCGGUCUUCAGAUUGUACCAUGUGGCAUGAAUUAUUUCCAUGCCCAUAAAUUUCGCUCAAGAGCCGUGAUUGAGUUUGGUAAUCCCAUCGAAGUUCCAAAAGAGCUUGUCGAGCUCUACAAAAGUGGAGACCGAAGAGGGGCAGUCAGCCAACUAUUGGAUAUUGUAUACCAAGCCCUUGUUGCUGUCACUGUUACAAGUCCUGACUACGAUACCCUCAUGCUUAUCCAAGCCGCUCGAAGACUCUAUAACCCAACUGGCAAGAAGCUUCCACUCCCUAUGGUAGUCGAGUUAAAUCGAAGACUGGUUAAGGGUUAUACGCAUUACAAGGAUGAUCCAAGAAUUGUUUCACUCAAGAAAUCCGUUUUGGACUACAACAGACAACUACGUUAUAUGAAUCUUAAGGAUCAUCAAGUCGAAUAUGCCAAGUUUUCUGUUCCAAAAGCCGUAUUCCUUUUAUUUUAUCGCCUGGGAAAACUAGCUGUCUUAUCCAUUGGUGUCAUUCCAGGGCUUGUCUUAUUUGCACCAGUUUUCAUAGCUUCCAAAAUUAUUAGCAUCAAGAAGUCGAAGGAAGCUUUGGCUGCUUCCACGGUCAAACUUCAAGGACGGGAUGUUAUGGCAACAUGGAAACUCUUGGUUGCCCUUGCUUUUGCACCGAUUUUGUACAACUUUUAUACCAUCAUCCUCGCAUAUUGGACUUACAAGAACAGAGUUCAAGGAUAUGUGCCCGAAUGGGUACCCCUCUACGCUAUCUUCGUUUUCGGAUAUAUUCUUUUCCCAGCUAUUACCUUUGCAGCCCUUCGAUUCGGAGAAGUUGGCAUGGAUAUUGCUAAAUCAUUGCGACCAUUAAUCGUGGCUCUUAACCCAUCUUCUAGCAAUGUCAUCUUUAAACUACGCGAGCGCAGAGCACAACUCAGCGCACAGGUUACAGAUGUGAUCAAUACACUUGGCCCUGAAAUGUUUCCUGAUUUCGAUGCUUCCAGAAUCGUAGCUGACCCCUUCAAUCGUGAUGAGGCUAAGACUCCCACUUCACCUCGUCAAACCGAUCUACGUCGCGGUAGUAAUCAAUCGGGCAUUUCGGAUGAAUCGCCACCACGUGUUCUUCACCGGAGCAAUACUGCAGGUGCAUCUAUUGGCGGCGGCUCUAGUAUGAAUGGACAUCUUCCACGCAACGAGUCAUUUGGCAAUCUCGGUAACAUUGCACUAUUUGCAACUCGACCACCAUCCAGGAGUAGAAGUCGUAGUAGCAGUAGUGGUGGUGCCGUAGGGUCAGCGGGGUUCCCAUUGAAAAGCUUCAGUGCAUUGGAUGGCAAAGCUAGUUUUGAUGAGGUCAGUCAGAAGAUUCGCGGUGCGAUGAAGGAGAGGGGACAAAUUAGACGGAGACAAAGUGAAGUGAAUAGGGAAGAGGAAGAUGCAGCGUAUAGCAGUGGAGACGAGGAAAGAAAAAGGGUUUAG